UCAUUUUCUUGGUUCCUGUUAGUAAGUUUUAUAUGUCUUUCAAAGAUAAAAUUUUGCGGUUGCCUCUUGGCACAUGACCAUACGACCAAAGCUGUUACCGAUGUCAAUUCUAUAGAAUCGGCAAUUAUACACCAACUUCUCACAAAACAGAUGUCAGCCUUGGAAAACAAUGUCCGUUUGCUUACUGAUGAAGUGACAAAUCUAAAAAAGAACCAAUCCAACAACGACAAAAAGAUGACUGACCUUGCGCGGCAUAACCAGGAACUUUCUCAAAGACUGAUCAGUCUUGAAAAUACCUGUAUUUAUUCCGCUAUUACUACUGAGAAAAUGGCUACCCAGAACAGCAGGUUGAACAAAUUGGAACAUGAUGUAAAUGGUACUGUGUUGUUAGUUUGGACCUUAGUUGUUAACAGUGAAAAGGAUCGAAAUGAGACUUCGCAACUGGACAUCCUUGUAUCAGUGCUACAGGACGAUCUUCUUAGGGUUAAUCUAUCCGUCAUGGAGGACAACAGCGUUUUAGAGAAAAUCAAUUCAUCAUUUGAGAUGUUUAAAAAUGAAAAUAACUUGAAAAUACAGAAAGUUGCAGAUCAAGACAAAAAUACCAACACGAGAAUCAACAAUCUAAUAUCAGACAUUCGUAACGGAAACUUAGUAACACACAACAUUGUAAAUUCUAUCAGCAAUUUGGAAUCAAAUAUCCGAGAAAUUCGAAACCAUGUCGGUUUUACAGCAGGUGCAACCACUAGCAAUGUGUGGUCAGGAUCUACCUUAGUUUUCAACAGAUUGAUUUACUCUAACGGGGGCGGCUACAGCACUUACUCCGGCGUGUUUACCUCCCCCGUGACAGGGACUUUUGUCUUCUAUGUUGCUGUGAUUUCAGAUUCGAACGUUGAUCUAUAUUUAGAUAUUGUGUUAAACGGUGUCAGUAAAGUGAGAACGAUGUCCUAUUCCACUUCCGGUUCACACUCGUAUCAAACAGGGACAAAUCUUGCUAUAUUACAUUUAAGUGUUGGAGACAGAGUUUGGGUUAGGAGACAUAAUGGAGGUGCUUACGCUACACACAGUGAUGCCCCACUGGUAACCUUCAGUGGAUUUCGCUUAUAA